UGUUCCCCGUGUCCCCCCGCUCAUUGCGACACCCGCCCGGGCACGGGGACGCGCAGGACGCGGGGCUCGGGGCUGCUUCAUCCCGCACAGGUGGCACAGGAGCGGAGCGGGGACACCACGCCAGGUGUGUCCCGUCCUGUCCCUUCCCGUCCCUUCCCUUCCCCGCGGCCCUGCCCUCGUCCCGCCGGAGGGUGGGAACGCGGCCAGGCACACCCAACUCGAGCCGUAAAAUGAUCCCUGCAAUGCCCUUGGGCCAAGCCCAGCUUUUCUAACGGAUAAAAGGGGAGGCAGCGGCAGCGCUCUCACUCCCCUGGGCGUCCAGCGCAGCUCCCCCGAGCUUUUUGCAAGAGCCAAGAGAGAUCCAGACCGUUCCUCGGAGCACCAUGUCCCGCUCUGUGACCUUCAGCUCCCGCUCGGCCGCCGGGCCAGCUCUGAGCCAGGUGCGGGUCAGCACCGUGUCCACCUCGCGGAGCUCCGGCCUCGGCCGCUCCGGUGGYUUCGGCAGCGCCAGCCUCUACAACCUGGGCUCGGCCAGCAAAAGAGUGUCCGUGGGAGGGGGAAGCUCCUUCAGCGUCCGUUCGGGCUACGGUUAUGGAGGACUGGGCUUCGGGGGCAGCCUCAGCCCCGGCGGCAUCCAGGAGGUCACCGUCAACCAGAGCCUCCUGACGCCCAUCAACCUGGAGAUCGACCCCAACAUCCAGAGGGUCCGCAAGGAGGAGAAGGAGCAGAUCAAGACCCUCAACAACAAAUUCGCCUCCUUCAUUGAUAAGGUGAGGGCUUGGGCUGGCUCAGAGCCCCUGGGGGUGCUGAAGAGCAGCUGGCACCCAAAACUGGCUGAAUCACCAAUGGGUUCAGGAUCAAUCUUGGAGAAUCUG